AUGAAAAGAAAACAUAGCGGGAAAGUUUUGAUUCGUAUCCACAAUAUUGGCACACCAUUGAUUUCUGGGUCUUCUGGGUUUCCUGUAGAUUCGUUUCACAUUGAAUCAGAUCGGCUGUAUACGAUUGGUCGAAGUAGUGAUGAUGGGUCGUGCGAUUUCGUCCUUGAUCACGGUGCUAUCAGUAGAAAGCACUGUCAGAUUCUAUUUGAUAGCCAAAGUAGCAAACUUUACAUUUUUGAUGGAGUGAUUCUCUUCCCUAAAGGUAGCUUUAGUCAAGUUUUCGAUGAAUUUAGGAGAAGAUUGGUUGGUGUUGAUAAGCUGGAUCUGGAAAGUUUGAAGAUUAGGGCUUCAUUGAAUGGGGUGUAUGUUAAUCGUGUUAGGAUCAGGAAAGCCAAAAUCCAGGAGAUUGCUAUUGGCGAUGAGGUAUUGUUUGUUUGUGGGAAGGAAGGGUUGUGCUAUAAACAUGGUCGAGUUGGGUUUGUGGUUCAGGAGAUUGAUUUUGAAGGAAGAGAUAAUUCGAUUUCUGAAGGUAGAUGCCGGAUGACAGUCUCGUCAGGACAUUCUCGUGGAACUUUUUCCAGUGGGAAGAGAAGCAAAAGGGUUUUUGCUCUGUCGAAAGAUGAGAUCAAUUCUCGAGUUUCUGGGUUUUAUCCAGUUAGAGCUGCUGGUGUUAUUGAGAGAUUGAAUUCUCUGAUAAGUUAUUGUAGGCAUAUAUUGAGUAGUGAUGAUCCUGUCUCUUGCCUUAGGCUAUCUAUUGUGUCAGAUUCUAGUAAGGAAUGCGUAUCCUGUUGUACAUCCAAACUCUUAAGGUCAAAGGUAGGUAUAGUGGUGGGUAAUAUAGAUGUCAAGAGUGUAGGUAAAAGAGUUGGUGUCUCAAACUUGAUUAGCGAAGCAGAAAAUUUAGGUGUUUCUUGUAUUCCUGUCAGUGAUAAGAGUGGGACUAUGCUUCCUGUUGAUGUGGAACAUGAAAUCACUCCUGGUAUUAGUUGUCAAGAUGAGGAGAAAAGUUUUCGAGGUUCUCUUGAACCACCUGGGAAGAACUUUUAUUUAAACCGACUUCAGUAUAUUGAACAAAACUCAUCUGGUUGUCAACGGGUGGUUUCCUUGCCAGAACUUCUUCACCCUGUGGAAAGCAUUUCACAAAUCUUUGUUGCAACAUUUACAAGUGAUAUCUUAUGGUUUCUUACCUGUUGUGAGAUACCUAGCCGCUUACCGGUGACUAUUGCAUGUCACCAUGCUGAGAGAUCUUGGAGCUCAAGCCCUGAUGCAAGAAUUGCUGCUCCUUAUCCGAAUUACCCAAAUGUAGCUGUGGUGUUCCCACCGUUUCCUGAGGAAAUUGCAUUUGGGAAAGACCGCAAGAACCGGGGCAUUGCUUGUCAUCACCCCAAGCUGUUUAUUUUGCAAAGAGAAGAUAGAAUUCGUGUAAUUAUAACGUCUGCAAACUUAGUAGCAAGGCAGUGGAAUGACGUAACCAACACAGUUUGGUGGCAAGAUUUUCCACGAAGAGCAAACCCUGAUGUUUUAUCCCUUUUCGGGCAUUGCCGAGGAGAAACCAGUCGUGGUUUAAGAUCAGAUUUUGGUGCUCAGCUGGCCGGAUUUGCCGCAUCGCUUUUGACUGAUGUUCCAAGUCAGGCCCAUUGGAUUCUUGAGUUCUCAAAGUACAACUUUGAACACUCAGCUGGUCACCUUGUGGCUUCAGUGCCUGGAAUUCACUCAUAUAAGCCCUCUUAUCAUACAGAAUCUGCUCGCUCAACUUCUUUCAAUGAAGAAUUUCUGGGAUCUGUUGAAGCAUCUGUUGUUGGCCUCAGUUACCUUUUCCGUUCAGCCAAUGAUUCCACAGGAGCACAACUGAAACGGCUGGCUUCAUAUAUCAGCAGAACCCGCGAAAAUUCUCUCGGAAUGUUGGAACUUGUUUUGAGAAGAAAUACCAAUGUGCCUGCUGACACGAAUGCUGUGAGCGUCCUUGUUCGUAACCCUGAUGAUGAUUCAAGAGAAGAUUUUGUCCAACUAGGCUUUCUGCCACGGAAUAUUGCAAAAUGGGUUUCUCCUUUGUGGGAUAUCGGCUUCUUCAAAUUUGUGGGAUAUGUGUAUCGGGAUGAAGUCCUUGCUGCUGCUUCUUCUAGGAGCAACCAGAAGGUGCAACUAAUGCUGCAUGUAUUACAGGGAGCGUCCAUGUCGGAUGUGUCAAAGUUGAUUCAACCUGAUCAUGUUGUUGCCUUGUGCUCGUUGAUCGCUUCAGUUCAGCGAUGUACUGGGAUUUGGAGGCUACAAGAGGUGUUAGGCCGUUACAAGUGGCCCGAAUCUCAGGAAUCUGAUUUCGUCUAUAGUGCAUCCUCGAUUGGAGGCUCAGCAACUGCAGGAUUUCAAGCUGAUUUUUCAUCAGCUGUAGGUAAAAAAGCGUUGCAGCAUUUUUACUCCCAGGAGUCUGAUCCAGAGUGGGGAUGCUGGAGUGCUAGGGAAGAACGUGAAGCUCCUUCCAUUAAAAUCAUCUUUCCUACCAUUGAGAGAGUCAAGAAUGGCCAUCAUGGUGUCUUGUCUUCAAAACGUUUGCUUUGCUUCUCCGAGAAAACUUGGCAAAAGUUAAGAUAUAACAACGUGCUUCACGAUGCAGUUCCUAAUCCUCAGGACAGAGUCGGGCACCCAAUGCAUAUCAAGGUGGCUAGGAGACGCUUCACAUCCACUAGAGGUUCACGGUCUUCUUCGUUUGGUUGGGUAUACUGUGGCUCGCAUAAUUUCAGUGCAGCUGCUUGGGGACAGACCAUUUCCAGAUCCUCCAGGAACAACCAGGACCAGUCCCACAGUGCCAUCAGGUCGGUCAGUAAACUUCGUGUAUGCAACUACGAGCUCGGGAUAGUCUUUGUUUUCCCUCCACCUCAUGAAGAAAUGGACUCAGGGGACGGGUCUAAGAUCGAUGAUAUUGUGUUGCCGUUUGUUGUACCGGCCCCAAGAUAUGGACGGAGUGAUAGACCGGCUACAGGUUUGGCUAUGAGGGAAGCUUUUGCUGAGUUUAGGGAAGGCUCUAGAAGUUUAUGUGUAGAAACUGAAGCCGAGGAAGAAGAAGAGGAAGAAGAAGAGGAAGAAGAAGAUGAGGAAGAAGAAGAUGAAGCUGAAGGAAGAAGAGACUUUGUUGCAGAAGAGGAGAAGCAAGAUGAGAAGGCUUAUGCUGAGGCAUUAUGGAGUCAGGUUGAGUCAUCCCUCAGCUCCUGA